UACAUAAAUCUUAUUCAAAAAAAAAAAAUACGUACAUAAAUUUCAUAUAUAAAUACCCAAAUUUCCAUGCACAAAACAUUUCCCAUUAACCCAAAAUCUCAAUUCUCAAAUCUCUCUAAAAUGGCCGAAACUCAAUUUCUCACAACCAAGAAACGAUCCGCCGCCGUACACGACGGCGUAGACGGCUUCGAUUACACCACCAAAAAAUCAAUGCUGUUCCCCACUACAAAGGCCGACCAAGACCCAGCGGCGGCACUAGCCGGAGCACGCCACGAAUUCGGCGAACACGGCGGCGUAAACAUGUCAAUCGAAGCAUCAGCAACUUUCACGGUAAUGGAACCUGAAACGAUGCGGCGAAUGUUCGCCGGAGAAUUAGGCGCCGACAGAGAUUUCUUCAUCUACAGCCGUCACUUUAAUCCGACGGUCCUAAAUCUCGGACGCCAGAUGGCAGCUUUAGAAGGCACCGAUGCUGCUUACUGUACCUCAAGUGGUAUGGCUGCGAUUUCCUCUGUUUUGAUGCAAUUAGUAAGUAAUGGCCAAAACGUCGUCGCUUCGAGGACUCUUUACGGUGGGACCCACGCUCUUCUCACACACUUUUUACCUCGAGUUUGUAAUAUAACAACCACUUUCGUUGAUGUCAGUGAUGUGGAGAGUGUGAGACACGCGAUCGUUGAGGGAAAGACGAAGGUGCUUUAUUUCGAGAGUGUUUCUAAUCCUACUCUUGCUGUUGCUGAUAUUCCUGAGCUUAGUCGUGUAGCUCACGCGAUGGGUGUGACUGUGGUUGUUGAUAAUACUUUUGCGCCGAUGGUUUUGUCUCCGGCUCGGCUUGGAGCCGAUGUUGUUGUGCAUAGUAUUUCUAAGUUUAUCAGCGGUGGGGCCGACAUUAUUGCAGGAGCUGUGUGUGGGCCAGCAAGCUUGGUAAACUCAAUGAUGGACUUACACCAAGGAAGUCUAAUGCUAUUAGGCCCAACAAUGAAUGCAAAAGUAGCAUUCGAACUCUCAGAAAGAAUUCCCCACUUGAGCUUAAGAAUGAAAGAACACUGCAAAAGGGCCUUAGAAUUUGCUAAAAGAAUGAAGAAAAUGGGCCUAAAAGUGAUCUACCCGGGCCUAGAAGAACACCCUCAACAUGGGCUUCUGAAAUCCAUGGCCCAUAAAGAAUAUGGGUUUGGUGGGCUCUUGUGUUUGGAUAUGGAGACAGAAGAAAGAGCCAAUAGGUUAAUGGACAUGUUACAAAACCAUUCUCAAUUUGGUUACAUGGCUGUGAGUUUGGGUUACUAUGAAACCCUAAUGUCUUGCUCUGGAAGUAGUACAAGUAGUGAACUCAAUAGUGAGGAGAAAGCCCUAGCUGGAAUCUCACCUGGCUUGAUUAGAAUGUCAAUUGGGUAUAUUGGGACUUUGGACCAAAAAUGGAGUCAAUUUGAGAAGGCCAUUUCUAGAUUUCAAGAUUCUGGUUUGUUCAAAUAAAUAUGUGAUUCUUAUUAUGUGUAAUAAUCUUUUAUGUUGUUGUUUUUUUUUUUUAAAAAAAAAAAUUAAUAAUGGUGGUUUUUGUACUAAUUAAUGUAUGUGUUGUUGUGUUAAUUAGUGUGUACAAUAUCUUUUAAGGUGUGUACAUUUGUUUUUGUUUUCUUUUUUGUUCAAUAAUGUGUUGUUUGGGAAUUAUGUCAUAUUUUUGGCAUUAAUAUAAGGGAUAAUUUUAUAA